AUGCAAGUCCAAACGCCUUCGUAUUAUUAUGCUGGUCCUACUCAAAUGAAAACCUACACCAUGCCAAUGGGAUAUACUGUACAAUCUCAAAAUGGUGAAAAUCAAGUUCCAAUUCUAUAUCACCGUUAUGUCCUCACCUCCUGCCCACUCAAAAAAACGAACAUUGCGGGAGUCAACCGUCAGAAUGGAUCCUGCUAUUUCUACAAAUACAGUGCGGCGGACGACACAAUGAAACGACAUCUCUGCAGGGCAUGCCAACAGAUAGUCGAAGAGAGACAUUUGAGUCCUCUCUAUGUACAGUACUGUGAGGCCACAAAAGAUACCAUCAUCUUCUUCUACAACUGUCUCACAAACAGUGUUGAACAGUACACGUAUUCAUUUAAAACAGGAGCAGUCAUGGAAGUCUUCCGUCCGGAAAUUGUUUAUGAUCGAUCAAAAGUCAUUUAUUCGACUUCUGUGGCUGUGUUGAAAGAUGAUGAGGAAAAGGAAAUGGUUUCGAUCGAGAAAGAUGGUCAUACCGGCUUCAGAAAGCAGAUACUCAGAAAUGGACGGUUCGAAAUCCAGCCACCAAAACCAAUUAAAAAAUUAAAGAUGAAAAAAAUAACACCUACGAUUGGAACCGGAGACGAAACGGACUUUGAAUACGACGAUGAGGCUGACAAUUCAGAAAACUCCCAGUAUUCGGACGGCGGAAGAGUGAACAGUGCAGUGAAUCAUGAUCUUAAAGGACAUUCUGAAGAAUCCAAAUCUGACGACGAUGGGUUUUCCCUCUACUUGAGAUCAAUUGUUCCACUCAAAGCUAGACACUGCCCUCACAUGGGUAAAGAGUAUAUAUGUGCUUUCAAUGCUUCCAACGAGAAGUUCUCCAGAUUUAUGUACAAUGAUUAUACUGGAGAAUUUCAGCUCUUCAAUUGCAUCUCUUGUGUUAAUCAUGUCUGUGAGGAGAACCUGAUCCCAAAGUAUGUGGAGAAUACGAACCGAGCUGGAGGAAUUGUGAUGCAUGUGGAAAACAAUUUCACCGGAGCAAUCGAACAAUACCGUUUCAACUUUGCAACUUUAGGAUUCGAGCAAAUUCUUCGUCCAGAAUUUCCAUACGAUCGAACAAAAAUAGAUCCAGAUGUCACUUCUCUUUUUGUCAUCACUACGACGACAACUAUAGCAGUAAUGAAAGAUAAAGAAGGUCAUUUGAAAAAAGAGCAAUACUGUAUGUCGACACAUAAAUUUAUUCCGGCUCCACCAGUGGCAGUUAAGACAAUCUUCAUGAUGAGACGAGAGGAACAGGAAAGAGAAGAGAAAAGUAUAAUGAGAAAUAAAUAUUCGAUAGAGACUAGUGUAGCCAAGCCAAGAGUUUCAACGGUGAAGCGAAUCCCAGAAGAAGAUUACAUUGCUUCAUCCGAACAUUUGACUCAUAAUCAGAGGCCUCUUCAACAAGCCAAACUGCUUGGUUCUUCUCCUUCUACGACGGUUCAUAUGAAUCAACUGAAUGAAAUGCUUGAUAUGAUCCACGUUUUGCGAGCCAAGCCUGAUCAUUUACCUACCAUCGCUCCAGUUGAAGCUAAGCCGGUUGAUAUGAAAUUGGUUGCUAGUAAACUGAACAAACUAGAAUCUACUCAGCACGUUUCUGCUCAAGAUCAACCCGAGAAAGUUUCACUUGGCGAAGUGAUAAACCAAGCCACCAUGUUGACGGUUAACGAACCAUCUCCGGCGACUCACGCUUCAGCUGCAAAGAAAACAGCUCGGAAGGAGAAAACCAAAACUUCGCAACAAUCUUCACAUCAUGACGCCGCAGUGGCCAACUCCAUGAAAGAAAUCGAGAAACGUGGCCAAUCAACCCCGAAUCCAGCACAAAUUACAAAGGGACAAGUGAAUUCAUCACCAUAUAAUCAUGGAUUUGUCAAUUGGGAGGAAUUCUUGAGAACAAAUCCCACUCCUGCUGAAGUACUAGCGGUUAUUGAGACAAAAACUGCAGGAACAUCAAAGAAGUCUACCUUAUCAAAAAAGGCGUCAUCGAAGAAAUAA